CUGCCAGACGCCCUUUUUACACUUCGACGGAGCAGGAGGACAACAGGGGAGAAAAUAUGGCGUCACUGAAAAAGAUCCUCUUCAGAACUUUAGAACAAUUGGGGAAAGAGGACUUUGAAGAAUUCAAGUGGCACCUGCAGGGGGAGGUCCUAGGAUUUGAAGGAAUCCCAAAGAGUCGACUAGAGGGUGCAGAUCGGACCCAAACUGUGGACCAGAUGUUUCUGAACUACGGCAUUAACAGUAUUAAAGUGACCAGAAACGUUUUGAAGGAGAUGAAUCAGAAUCUUCUGGAGGAGAACUUAUCUAAAAUCCCAUCAGAACCGACAGGUCCAAGACAUGCAUUGUCCCAGAGAAAUGUACCAGCAGAGAGCAGAGUCCCAGCAGAGAACAGAGUCCCAGCAGAGAGCAGAGUCCCAGCAGACCAGUGGCUGUUCUCAGUUCGGGCAGAGUUCGUUCAACGAGUGACUCCACCUGUGCUGAAUGUCCUUCUGGAUAAACUCUUUCAGUCUAAAGUGAUCAUAAAAUCUGAAAUGGAUUCAGCCAGAAACAAACCCAAAGAUGACGGAGCCCGAGAGGUGGUGGACGCGGUGCAAAAUAAAGGAGCUGCAGCCAGCAGGGUUCUGAUCAAUGCUCUCCGUGAGCUGGACCCGUAUCUUUAUGAAGAGCUCGAGCUUAAGCUGAAGCAAAACCUUGAGGAGUGUGUGUGACAGUUGAAGAACACAGAUUCUGAGCGAAGGCUACUUUCCUUCUCCCCUUUCUCCUGGACUCCCUCCUGAGAGCAGCUACCAGGGCUUGUUAUUAUUUUACCAGUUGGUGCUGACUUCUGGGUCAGAUUUGCAGUGGCGUUUUUAUAUGUACAAAAGUGGUGGGGCACAAACAACUUAGAUGUCUAUAUAUAAGCUUCUGCAGU